AUGGUAGAGGAAAAGAACAACCCAAAAACAGAAUUCCAUAAUGAAAACUUGUUAGCAACAAUAAAAGACCUGUUCUUUGCCGGGACUGAGACUACAAGUGUAACACUGCGAUAUGGCUUCCUGAUACUAUUGAAAUACCCUGAGAUACAAGAGAGGAUCCAUAAAGAGAUUGACAAUGUAGUAGGAAGUGAUCGCUGUCCAUCAGUGGAGGACAGAAGUAAGAUGCCAUAUACUGAUGCUGUUAUUCAUGAGAUCCAGAGAUUUGCUGACAUUGCACCAGCCGGACUACUCCAUGCAGCCAGCAAGGACAUCAACUUUAGAGGAUAUCACAUUCCAAAGGGAACUUUGGUGUUUCCAGUCUUAACAACAGUCUUAAAGGACCCCAAACAAUUCAAAAACCCUCAUAAAUUUGACCCUGGACAUUUCCUUAAUGAAGAUGGAACCUUUAAGAAAAGUGAUGCCUUCAUGCCAUUUUCAGAAGGAAAACGUGUGUGUUUAGGGGAGGGUCUGGCUCGAAUGGAACUCUUCCUCUUUUUUACAACCAUUCUGCAAAAGUUUACUCUGAAACUCACCGUGGACAGAAGGGACAUAGACAUUACACCAGAGCCCAACAGCAAUGCUUCUAGACCUCGUGACUAUGAGAUGUUGGCUGUGCCUCGCUGA